CAAAAACGUAAACAACGACGCACUUGGCGAGGAAAAUAUUGCAUCUCGCAUAAUCCCCGAUUAUUCGGUCCAAAUACAUAUUAUCCGUGGUUUGUUUUAACGGAUAUGAAAACGAUUCGGUGUAAAUUUGCUGCGAAUAAUGUUUAAAUCCAGUUUCUGCAAGCAAUUGAUUCGCUAACGUGUAGAUAAUUAGGUCAAUACUUCGGGGCAGAAGCCCGAGAAGCAUCUUUGGAUACGCUGAUUUGGGGUGGUUCACAAACACUUGACAAUCGGCAGCAAUGGAACGUGAAAAUAUCAUCUUACGGCGUCGGAAGAAGACUAUGCUUACGCUGGACCAAAAGCUGUGCCUGAUCGAUCGGCACGAGAGCGGCGAAACGCCCCAGAAUCUGGCCAAAUCGUUCAAAAUAGGCGAACAGACGGCGCGCGACAUCAUCAAGCAGAAGGAGAAGAUACGAAAGUUUGUGCAGAACUGUGAAUCGUCCGAAGGACCGAUCAAGCGGAAAAGCAUGAAAGUGUCCUCGUUCGAGGAGCUGGACGAGAGCAUGCUCCGAUGGUACAACGAAAACCGUGCCUCCGGUAUACCGGUCACGAGCGCCAUGUGCAUCCAGCAGGCCAAGCUGCUGCACGAACAGCUGGGUCUGAAGGGCACGUUCAACGCUUCGGCCGGCUGGUUGAGCCGAUUCAAACAGCGAUACGGCAUCGCGGGCGUCUACUCGCACUCCGUCGCAAAAACGGGCUGCUCGGUGGCGGCGUUUACGUUUCAGUACCAGUUUCAGCAAUUGAUACAAAAGGAGGACUACCUGCUGGAUCAGAUUUACAACGCGGACGAGACGGGCCUGUACUGGAAAUCGAUACCGUCCAAGAUUGCUGGCCAGGAAGGGCAAACGACGAGUUCAUCGGGCGAGCGCGUAACCGUAGUGUGCUGCACAAAUGCGGCCGGCACGCACAAACUGGACCUGACCGUGAUUGGGAAAACCAAAUGUCCCUGGUCAGAACAGUCGGAGCCGAAAACCUCCGUAAACUACUACGAAAUGAAGAGCGGCUGGGCGAGCAAGGAAAUCUUUCGCAACUGGUUCGAGUACAAGUGGGUGCCGGAGGUGCGCGAAUUUCUGGCCAGCAGAGGAUUGCCGCAGCGAGCCAUUCUGAUCCUAGACACGUCGCCCUGCCACAUUACGGACAGUUUGCUGCGGUCCGCGGACGGCUGUAUGGUGGUUAAGUUUUUGCCCUCCGAUGUCGCCAACCUGGUACAGCCGAUGCAGCAGGGCAUCGUAUCGCUGCUGAAGUGGAACUAUCGGACCGAUUUGCUGAAGCAGCUGCAGACGGAAACGACGGAACGCAUUAAGAAUCGAACGAUGGAGGACGCCAUGCUGGGGUUGGAGCAGUCGUGGGCCAAAAUUACACCGCUAGCGAUAAGGAAUGCCUGGGACAAGCUGAUCACAGACACGGACCAGUACGUGGUGGAGAACGAAAUCGUCGACGCCAGCAGCGUCGAAGGGAUGAUGCUGGUUGAUCACGAAACCGACCUGGUGGAGGAGGUGGAGGACAUGGAUGACGACAUCGAGGAGGUGGAGGAAAUCAUACAGUUUACCGACGAUAUUGAGCAGGUGGAAGAAGUCGAGCAGUUCGACCAUGUCGCUCCGAUCGAGCAGGUCGACGUUAUUAACCACCACCAGCAGGAGCAGGAGCAGGAGCAGCACGAGGAGCAGAAUAUGAUGGUGAACUGGAUAGACGUUAACGAGGCGGCAGGUAUCAAGAGUGAAGAUUAUGUAGACGUGGGAGUAGAGUUUGCCGAAGUGAGAGAAAAUGCCGUCGAGAGCGACGACGCCUCUGGCGAUGAAGGCGAGGAUCGACGGAUUGAGUUGCAGACCGCGCUAACGUCGGUGGAAACGCUGCUCGGAUUCGUCGAUCUGAAGGGACUCACGCCGGAUGAUAAGAAAGCGUUCAAAAAGAUUAAGACGGAUAUACGGAAUCUAAUGAAAAGUGUACAAGCUAGGAAGCAGUAGGGUAAAUCGCAAAACAAAAGACACUCUACACCUAAGUGUUACGGCUAAUGAUAUCUAGGGUUAAAAAACAAACAUUGUAACCUGGCGAGCUAAGCGUGUUCGGCGGGGUAGUGCAUCUUCAUUCACAAAGCAGUUAUAUAUUUUUGCGUGUAAAAUAUUGCAUAUCGUACGUUUAAUGUUUUUAUACGGGACUGACAACAUGUACGCUAUAAAACAACCAAAAUAAACGGUUUGCUGGCUUAAGACUAGCAAUAAUUACA